CAGGUGGCUAUCUCCCGCAAAAAGUAGCUCCAACUGAAUCAGCAGUAGGAGAAGAAACACAACCACUUACCAAGGAACAGGUAAAUCAAUGUGCUCAGGACUUCAAAACUUUCUACCGAACACGGUUAUGCAAGAUCAAGACAGAUCCACUUGACUUCAAUUCCAUUUUAGAGUUCGAAAGGAUUUACACGAAUUUAGUUCUGCUAAGAAACGAAAUGGGAACCACUAGGGAGACACCCUUAGACUACACCGAACUACUAACAACAAAAGUCAAUGGAGAAUUUCCAAAACGUCUCAUGGUGGAAGGCGAAGGAGGAGCAGGUAAGACAACAUUCUGCUCCAAGAUCGCAUGGGACUGGACGGAAAGAACUAAGGAGUUUGAAGAGUUUGACUGGGUUCUGGUUAUUCCUUUUCGAAACACCAAUGAAGGUCAGACUGUAGGGGAUAUAGCAAAGACAUAUCUGUCAGAUAGCAACACGGUUCAAUCGCGCCAGAUAGAUAGAUACAUACUUUCUGCCCCUUUGAAAGUGUUUAUCAUAUUUGACGGACUAGACGAGUAUGACGGUGAUAUCCUCAAAGAGAGUUCAGAUUUCGCUAAGAUUAUUCGGUCAGAGAAGUUUGUGGAAUGUAGAGUCCUGGUGACAACACGCCCGUGGAGAGCAGUUCCUUUCAAAUCCCACGAACUUAUGAUGCAAACUUUCGCUUUUCUGGCCGUAGCUGGGUUUGAUGAAGAAAACAUUUCGACCUAUAUUACUAAAUAUUUUCAGGAUGAGCCGCCGUCAGGAUAUGAAUUAAUAAAGUAUAUAGAAAGCAAUGACCUAAUUCAAGAAAAUAUGGCUCCAUUCCCGCUUUACAUAGCAAUGCUUUGUAUCUUGUGGCGGAAUUCUGAUGCCGGCAGACGAAAUAUAAUUCGGAAACUUAAAACCUUCUCACAGCUAUUCCAUGCGAUGAUAAUUUUUCUCAUAGACCACUGCAUGACAAAACAGCACCAGAACCCCAAUGUUAAAAUUCUUACAAACAAGGAGAUAAAUAAUUACCUAUUACGAAUUGGAAAGUUUGCUUACUCUGGAGUUUUAGAGAAAAGGUUGACGUAUACCGAAAAUGAUUUCAGCGGAUAUGAUGAAGCAAUGGAGGCAUGUUGUAGAAUAGGAGUACUGAGUCGAGAAAUUCUUAUAGUGCCAAGACAGGACAGGCGUCUGAGUGAUCAGUCAGAUCCCGUGACCUGUAGCGUCUUCUUCCCUCACAAGUUGUUCCAGGAAUACCUUGUCGGUAUGUAUCUUGCCUCUCUUUUUGAGUCUGAUCAUGAGCGGUAUGAAGUGGCGGUUAGUGUUGUGAUUCAGAGGCCAGAGGAGUUCCGCAACCUUCUAUACUUUACUGCAUCUCAAACGAAGAACGUCGCUAUUGAUGUCACUGACAGGCUAAUCAAGACGACAAGAAUACAUCCUUACACUCUAGUGGAUAUCGCCUUCGAAGCGUAUGAUGAGGACGCGGCUAAAAUGGUUGGACGGCAACUCUUUACAAAACAAAAGACACUAAAAAUCGACGACGAAAUGUCAGCGCAUACUGUGUCUGGAUUUCUUUUCAUCACUGAAGAGAAACAAAUGGUGAGAGUAUUUGAAUAG